GAAGCGUGGACUUGCGGGGAAAGAAGACUGGAGCUACGCAGGCUAUGGCUCCAACUGGACGGCCAUGGAGAAGGUUCUGGAGGCCAAGUUCAAGCAGAACUCCCCGCUUGCAAGCAGGUUGCUUCAGACUGGCAACGCUACUCUUCUGGAGCACUGCAGCCGCAAGGGGCGUGAUUCGUUCUGGUCAGACGAUGAGGAUGGAAGUGGAUGCAACUACCUUGGCAUGCUCCUGAUGCUUCAGCGAGACAAGCUGCGCCUGCAGGAAAAUCAAGCUGCGGUCACGCCAUGGACCGCAUGGCUGACUCAGCAUGUUGACCUGAAAAAUGGACAACACUUGGCUCAGGCGUGGCGGAAUCACGUCCGGAGAGCCACGUCCAGGCUGAAGGAGGCAUUGGCCGGACCUCGUCCCCAAAGCUGCAUCUUGCCAAGCAAAGGCCCGAAAGGACCAAAAAAAGAGUGGCGGACAACAGCCUCCAGCGUUACGUCCAAAGCCGAGCAGGUGACCGAAGCAGCGAAGAUAUGUGAUGCAGGUCGCCAAGAUCCCAUUGAGAGCCAGAAAGGUCCAGAGCCACAGGUGGCUGGUGUGCUAUCAAGUCGAAAGAGCGCUUCGCCAACAAAGCGCCGCCUAUCGGAUGUAAAGGAAGAACCAAAGUCAGCCAAUGCCAAUGCAGAUGGCCCUCACGCUCCUCCGGUGAGUCCCAGCCUGCCAAGCUCCGACGCAGAGCACAACUUGCCUGAAGAGCCAGAAGUGGCAGUGGCACAGACUUGUCAGGGCGAUUGCCAGCAGGUUAGCCGGCCAGAGAAGGAUCCGGGGGCUCCAGACCCGCAGGAUGUGGAGGCAAAUGAUUUGGAGAAGG